CCGUCGCUCUCCCUCCAGAAGAAAACACCAAACAGACGGAGUCCAUUCAAACCAGCACACCGAGAAAAAGACCCAAACCACCAGAGGAGGAGUAUUCAGAGCCCGGAACAGGUGGAAGGAAUACAACUUGUUGGUUUCUUUUUAUCUUUCGAAAACAACUAAAAAGGAAUGAUGAGGAUUUUCAGCGCUGCGCUCCUGAUGCUCGUUCACGCCUUGGUGGUGUCCAGAACGACCAGUGGUGCUGCGGUGGACAGGUAUGAGAGUGACAGGCAGCGGCACACCGCAGUCAUCAACUUCAUGGACACAACCAAAGACAGGAGGUCAGAGGAUGCGAUCACAAGGGCGACGACGGUGGAGUAUGGCUGGGGAGGCGAGGAAGAGGAGAACGACGAUGAAUACUACUAUGGAGACGAGUAUGAAGACGGCAUGUCUGGAGACUAUGACAUGGUGCCACGAGUGUCCAAGUCGAGCCAACCCCAAGACCCGUCUGCCAUCCUGGAGACUGAGAGCACAGAAGGAAAGAGGAGGACAGUAAAGGGGAGAAAGAGGGCGAAAGGAAAGGGAAGAAAGAGGAACCCAUGCCUGAAGAAGUACAAGGAUUUCUGCAUUCAUGGCACCUGCCAGUACCAUAGGAACAUCCGCCAACCGGCCUGUGUGUGCCACCCGAACUACUCUGGCGAAAGGUGUCAGUUCAUCACGCUGCCUGUGCACUCCCCCGAGGGAUACAACCGGACAACGGCUCUGGCUGUGGUGGCCGUGGUGCUGUCGUCCGUGUGCCUCACCAUCAUUGGUCUUUUAUUAAUGCUCAGGUUUCACAAGCGAGGGGCUUAUGACGUAGAGAGCGAGGAGAAGGUCAAACUGGGGUUAUCAUCCAACCACUGAAGAGACAAUGAGAGGCAAAGAUGCAGAAAUUCUACCUCAAAAUAGAAAAAGAGAAGGGAACCAGAGAAAGAGGAGGUCCUACAGGAAAAAAGGAACGUAUGCAAAGAAAAGGAACAGAGGGUGUUGUCUGUGUGAUCCUCCACCGGACGUUCAGGCGAACCUGUCCCUGUAGAACUCAGAAGUGAAAGCGGGGGCCGUCUGUUACUGGAAUACUCAAUGGCCCCAGACGAUGGAGCGGAGACGUGACGAGUGUGAGGUGAUGAACAUGAAGGA